UUCAUUCCUGGUACCUUGAAUUCAAAGUCAUCCCAAGCUGCUGGGUUUGUCUGAAGUCUCCUUUGCCUGCUGGGCUGUAAGGGUUUGACAUGAAAUGAGUUUGGCAGUCUCUCCCGCAGGCCAGCAGUUUUCCGGUGAACUUUGACACAAGCUGACCCUCCCUCAACACUGAAUGGACAAUUUCACUAAGUGGCUCGUGUGGGAAAGAGAAAAAAAAGUUAGAAGCUGGUCCUGAGGCGAUGAUGCACUCACAUCGGAGGCGAAGUUGUGAGGACGCCACGAUAAAAACCUAACACACCGGCACUAGUCCAGCACCACUGAGAAGAGAAAGGAAUCUUUUCACAAGGAAGGUGAAUCUAAGAUGUCCUUAAGCAGCAGCAGUUCAGCUGGGAAAGGUGUGGAUUCGAAUGCUGUUGAUGCCUACGACAGUGGGGAUGAGUGGGAUAUCGGAGUUGGGAAUUUAAUCAUUGACUUGGAUGCAGACUUGGAAAAGGACCAGCAGAAAAUGGAAAUGUCAGGGUCAAAAGAUGGGAGCAUCCCGGUGCCAAGUGCAGUGGCAGCUCUGCCAGAGAAUAUUAAGUUUGUCACGCCAGUUCAAGCACCUCAGGCCAAGGAGAGCAAAUCGAAGGCAAAAAGAAGCAAGAAUGCAAAGGACGGGGGUAAAUCUGUGUCUGCUGCUUCCCUCUACACAGUGGGAGAAUCAGGAAAUGGGAAGAAAGACUUGCAGGGGCGAUCUGGAGAUUUGACAAACCCCAGCGGACUGGGGUCUUCCAACAGCACAUCCAAAGGGUCGGAAAAGGGCCCAAAGACUGUCCGAAAUGGAGCCGGAUCAAAAAAGGAGAAGGAGGGCGGAUCGAGCAAAAGCAAAAAGGAUAAAAGUGAGAGCAGUGGCGGUGUGCAGCCACCUCCUGGGAACGAUCCAAAUGCUGCACAACAGCUGGGGUUGGGGUCAGGGUCAAAGGGCAGUUCGUUUGAAUGUGCUCAGGGCACAAGCUGCCCAGAUGGCACUGCAGGUCAAGUGCUGGAUUUAGGAAAUGCACCAGUGGAUAGCAAUACCAUCUCCAACCUGUUGGGAAUUAAAAACGAGUCGGAGGAGGUUGAGAGUGAGUGUCGACCACUGAAGAAAAUCAAAACAGAGAAGCAGAUGGAUUCCCCUGCCUCCACUCCAGCCCCUCCACCCCUUCAUCUUCUGCCUCCCGUCAAUAGCGGUGUCGCAUCCCCAGUGGAGCAGAUCAUGGUCCGCACCCGAUCGAUCGCAGUCAAUACCUGUGAUGUUGGACUCGCGACAGAGCCUGAGUGCCUAGGCCCCUGUGAACCAGGGACAAGUGUCAAUCUUGAAGGGAUUGUCUGGCAGGAAACGGAAGAUGGUGUCCUGGUGGUGAAUGUGACUUGGCGAAACAAGACUUAUGUUGGAACUCUUUUGGACUGCACAAGGCAUGACUGGGCACCACCAAGGUUUUGCGAAUCGCCUACGAGUGACCUCGAGAUGAGAGGAAACAAUCGAGGGAGGGGAAAGCGAGCACGCCCAAACACAAAUACUCCAGUGAUUGAGGCCAGCACGGUGCCAGACAGCAAAGUUGUCAACAAGACCCGGGCAUGUGCAAGCAGCAAAGGGCGUCGCGGCAGCCAGAACUCCUCCGACAGACGCACCCCAACAAAUACAGUUGAAGACAUCAAGGCAAGUCCUUCAGCGGGAAGCAAACGGAAAAAUAAACCUGCCCCAGAUUUGGAUUUGACCUCGAGCUCCGAGGAUUCAAAAGGAGGGAAAAGGAUGCGCUCGAACUCGCGCGGAACAGCGACUCCGACUCCGGUCAUGGGGCUGAAAGCUGAGCCUCCGGCGCCUGAGCAUAACUGCCCAUCCCCUGUUCUCAUCGACUGUCCACACCCUAACUGCAACAAGAAAUACAAGCACAUUAAUGGCCUCCGGUACCACCAGGCCCACGCGCAUACAGACAGCGAUGGUAAACUUGAGGGGGACAUUGACAGCGAGGAGAAGAACUCUGAUGGCGAGGACUGUGCCCAGCACCCGUUGCUGAGCCAGGAUUCCAGCAGCUGCAAUGGCUCCUCCAGCUCUCACACAUUCUGUCAGGCAAAGGGCUCCAUGUCCCCUGCUCGCUCGGUCACACCAAAAGGGAGGAGGGAAGGCAGCAUGGAGGCGCAUAGCCCUUCCCCUGCUGUCAAGCUCAGUACUGGUAAGGGCUCCAGUAAAAAGAAAGCCACUCCAGAGGCUGAUGCUGAGCCAGGUGGGAUGUAUAAUAUUGACUGCUCAGAAGAAGGGCCCCCUGUUGCCAGCCCAAGUGAUGAUACAGGCAACGAUGGAGAUGAUUCAAGUGAAAAGAAAUCGGCCUUGGAAAAGGAUAAAGCCAAGAAAUCGAGCAGCUCGAAAUCAGAAAAGCUUCCUCUCAAAACCAAAUCAGCCAGGCCCAUUGUCCCUGCCAUGCCAGCGCAGAUAUACAGUUUCCCCACUGCUGCUUUUACUGCUUCUGGCCCAGGGCCUGCACCAAGCCUUGCCACCACUGUGGUCCAAGCAAUGUCCAAGAGCCCUCCACUCAAAGCCAUUCAACCCAAGCCAACUGUCAUGGGCGAGCCGUCUACAGUGAACCCAGCCCUCACCCCAUUAAAAGAGAAGAAGAAAAAGGAGAAGAAGAGGAAGGAUGCCAAGGAGGCAGCGAGCCCCAAGCCACUGGGGAAAGGAGGUAAACCCGAGGAUGGUAAAAGCCCUUUCCGAGAUUCUGCUGCAGAUCCUGCACCCAAAGGCGAGGGCCUCUUAAAUGGUUCUUCAGAAUCGCAUGAGAGUCGCUUGGCAAGUAUCAAAGCUGAAGCGGACAAAAUCUACAGCUUUACCGACAACGCACCGAGCCCAUCCAUAGGCACAGCCAGCAGGCUAGAAGGCACUGGCUUGGUCACGCCUAUAAUACCCUUGCAUGUGGUGACACAGAACGGGGCUGACAGCUCCUCGGUCAAAACCAAUAGUCCAGCAUAUUCUGAUAUCUCUGAUGCUGGAGAAGAUGGAGAGGGGAAGGGAGAAGGGGCUAAAGUCAAAACAUCAUCUCCGGACCAAAUGGCUAAGGAAAGUGCCAAGAAAGCAUUAUUUUCCUCUUCCUCCUCCUCCUCCUCCUCCUCAUCCUCUUCUUCAAGAACUCAGCCACCUUUAAAUAAGGAAACUCAUUCUCCUUACUAUCAGGGCUAUGAUGCCUACUACUCUCCGAACUACGCCCACUCGAGCCCCGGAGGUACCAGUAGUGGUUCAGGGGCAGUCAGUCAUUCAGUCAAAAUCAAGAAGGAGAUAGAUGAGGAGGGUGUGGAGGUGAGGGUAAAAGUUGAAAGUGCAGACGAGAAAAAGAUUGAAAUGGGCAGCUCAGGCCACCAUCCUUCGGUGAUCCAACAAAGGCCUCAAAUGUACAUGCAACCUCUCUAUUAUGGUCAGUAUGCAUAUAUGCCCCAGUAUGGGUACAGUGAGCAAGGGUACCACAGUCACGUGAUGAGUACAAAUCCAGCGUACAGGCAGCAAUAUGAGAAACUGUGUGAGGAACAACAUAAGCAGAGACAAGAGCAGAACCGUGGGAAACACACCAAUGACGCUGACAAGAAGCAAGAACAUGGCAUUAAAGAGCGAGAAAGGGAAGAGUGGAAACAGAAAUCUCCUGUCUCAGCCACACUGUCAAAAGCCCCCAGCUUGACAGACCUCGCAAAACCAGUGGCCAACAAGCCCAAGGACUCAACGGACUCCAUGAAAUAUGCCAUAAUGGCAAAAGCAGAUGAUCCCUCCAAGCUGCAAUCCCAGCAAGCUGAGGGACUAAAAAUGAAAUUGACUGAGGGGAGCCACCUUGGGAGAGACUUGUGUGAGGCAAAGCCAGGUCUGGAGUCGAGCAAACACUCGGGAAUGGAUCCAACGCUGUGGUACAGACAGCAGAUUACAGAGAUAGAACCUGAUCCUAGCUCAUUUACUCAGUACUGCAGUUCAUUACAUCUUGUGCCGAGACAAGGCAGUGACUUUAAUUCUUCAUCACUAAAGGGAUUUUCGAGAUGCCAGCUUAUUCAUUCCUGGAGAGAGGAACCUGAAAGCAGGCUGUGGUCUUAUGUCUAUCCAAAUAAGUACUCGGAGCAGCAAAAAGCGGAAGAGGAAAGGUGGAAAGAAGCAGAGCGAGACCGGAAAUUCAAAGAAGAAAGCUCAUCGCGACUCAGAAGCAAAGAGGUGGCAGUUAAAGAGGAAAGCAAAGACAACAUGUGCUUGGAGUCUCGUUCAACCUCUCUGGAAGAGUGCCGAUCUGUUGGGAAAGAUUCCAGAUCAGGACUUCACAUUCCUGUGUCCUCAUCGAUGGUUCAGCACCCGUCUUACAUGCCGUAUGUCCAUGGGUACCCUUACGGAAAGCCUUAUGAAACUCCCCACCCGGGAUUUCGAGGGGUGACGCCAAUGAUGAUGCAGAAUUAUCCAGGGUCAUACCUGUCCUCGGGAUUCUCUUUCUCGCCUUACGCGAAUAAGGUUCCAGGGCAUGAAGACGGCGAUCGAGCUCGUGGGAGCCCUGGUGUAGGCAGCAAAUCGAGCUCUGAAUCCAUGGCCCUCGAUAUCCUGCAGCAGCAUGCCAGUCAGUACAAGAGCAGGUCACCAACAACAAGUGAGAAACCUUCUCAUGAACGAGAACGAGGAGAGCGAGAGAUCGAUAAAGAGCGACCCCGUUCUUCACCAUCCCAACGACAGAUCACCUCACAUCACCACCUUGGGAUGGGGUACCCAUUGCUCCCAGGGCAGUAUGAUCUCCCAUAUGCAACAGGUCUCUCCUCCCCGGCCAUAGUUGCAAGCCAACAGGCUGCGGCGCAGGCCUCGGUGUCCACCCUGUUCCCACCAGCCAGAAGGUGAAAACGGGAGUGAAAGGAUACCAUUCGAAAUCACUUCAUUCGAAAUCAUGUGACUGGAUCACGUGACAAUGCUCUGCAUUUUCUUAGACAUCAGUUCAAUGGUGUUUCUGGUUACUGCCGUGAAGUCAGGCAGACUAUUGUAAUGUUUCUCCAGUAGGACUCUAGACAUUGGUAAUGGAUACCUGAUACCUAUUGUAUGUGUGUCCUGGUGGUUAUGAGCAGGAAGGUUGACAAUUCUGCCUUUCUCACUGUGUAGAUAUAUUGUAGAAUACAUCCUUAUGUCUCACCCCAUCAGGCAAAGACGUUUUUAAGAUUGACUAUAUCAAUGCUGUUGUUGAGUUCACUGCUUUAUGAGGGCUGAAGGGUACUGUAAAGUUGGGCCAUGCUAGGGUAAUUCUGACUCAUUCCCUUGCAGGCUCUUGAUGACCUGGCCUGGAUUGAAAGUGGUUAAUUUGUAAAUGACUCAAUCAUUGCUGACAUCCUGAAUUAAUGGUGAAAAUUGUUUUUAAAUAAAGAAAGAUUAACAGUUGGGAAUAUUGUUGCUAUUAACCUGCCUUCUUGCUCCCCACCCCCCACAGGUACACUUUUUAACUGAGGCAGCCUGGGAGCCUUAAGCCCUGUGACCCUCCUCCUGUAGAGCACAAAGCAAGUCGAGGUGUUUCUUCUACAACCCGAGAAUUGCUGCUGCUUAACUCCAAGGGGGCAGAGUCUCAUCUCGGGAUUAGCAGCUAUGUUUAACGAGUGUUCAGGAGCUCCUUGGACCUUCUGGGCAUUUCUAAGAUCUGCCUGGAGUUGAUUCAAAUGUUGAGGUAGUGCAAACACAAGCUCUCCAAGGUAACCAAUUUUUAAUCCACCCCUUGUGCUUCUCAAAGUGAGAGGUGUUGAUGCUGGGGAGUGGAAAUCAUCCCAGUUCAGGCAUCCGGUGUUGUCAGCUAUACCAUAGCCAGUCUAGCAGCAAAGUUUCUCCACUCUGCUCCAACCUCAGGGAAGAGCAGUUCCCUCUCCACCAGAAUGGCAUUUUCCCCAUUGUCCACAUCAGCCUCUCUUAUCGUUGCCAGCUCAUUCCGAAUUCUGAUUGGUUUUGAGCUGCUGGGCUCUGCCUACUAGACACUCAGUUGAGACUGACUAAACUCAUUACUCAUAGACAGAGGAGACUUCCAGCCAUGAGUGAGAGCUGGAUUUGUAACCAAGAGCCAGAGGUGAAAGGCCAGUGAAACACAUUUACACUUUCCAGUUUCACAUUCUCUAAACAUUUAUUAGGCAUGAGGAGAGCAGCCAUGUGCCUGUGCUUAAUCUGCCACAUACAAACUCCGUGAAGUCUAUAUCCAUAGGGACAGGCAAAUAGUUAGAAUCAAAUCUAGAAUCAGUAUAAAUGGGGCUUAUUCAGCUAGAUAGGUUACAGGCUGGCAGCUGUAGUAUAAAUAAGGGUUUUCAUAUGCCUGUGCACCCAGGGUUGGGUUGAGCGCAUAUCAGUUCUUGUCUCAAACAAUCGAAGCACAUUGGAGUACAAUCUAGAACUUGUCUGGGUGAUCUCGGCAUUGAGAUGAUUCUGAUCACCAGUCUUGUCCAAACUGAAGGCACUUAAAAGACGUUUCUGUCAGUUUCAAUCCUUUGUGGUUUUUUUUUUUGGAGAUUUUUUAUUGAGUGUUAGUGUAUCAGAAUGCUUUCAAUUACUAGUGAUGCCAUCAGGAACCAGUGGCCCUCUUGUGUAUGUGUGUGUAUAUAUAUCUUCAGGUAUCAAGGACAUGCUUACUGCAGCACAAGAGAAAGAAUUAGCACCAUAAAUCUUUGAGAAAUGUAAAUAAUAUCUUUUAUAAAUCAGGAGCAGUACCUGUGAAUGACGUCAAGGUUGUUACUCUCAACUUAGGAUUCAGACAUUGCAUGUAAAUCAGUUCACUUUCCCUUCCAGGACAGUUUUCAGGUAUUCUGUAUAUAAAUCAUGCAAACUCCUUGAUUAGACUCCAGCCUGUUUCUCACUCCCACUCAAUCCCCAUGCCUGACGGUUUUGAAACCUGUGAGAUGUUUGUUCUAUUUGGACUGUUGUUGUCUUGUAAGACCGCCUCUAAAACUAAUGGGAGCAUGAACAGUGUUGGAUGAGCCAUGCCAGUGGUCAGGUUUAGCCAUCACACAACUUGUCCAAAGUGGAUCAGCUGUCAUUGCAUCAUACUAAUGUUCUGCCACUAGGUGUCGCCUUUCUUGCCUCGGAUACCCAGGGACAGAACAUCAUUACUGCACCAACACAGUCUCCACUUUAACACCUUGUAUCUGGAAUUAGAAUAUGGGGCAAAGGUGCCCGAAUGAACUAACUUCUGAAUUCUCAUCAGUGAGUUAUUUUCAAACCUGAGGUCACAGUUUGCUCAGAAUAUUGUUUCGGAAAUAUUGUACUUUUCACCAAAAUAACUAGCAUAAGUUAUCGCUGAUCUAUAUUAUGUGAACACAGGGAUGGGGUGAGUUCAGGGUCUCACCCACGUGUGAUUGGGGAAUCUUUAAUCAGUGUGGACCACGUUCUAUUGUUUGGACUCUAAGCCUGAGAAAGCAGUGACCUCCCAUCAGUGCUACCUUGACAUGACAUUGUAUACCCUGCCUUCACUACACCUCACACUGCAACUGGCACUGCCACCCUGGGGCAGCUCCUAUCAUUCGGGGAGGGGAUAACCUUUUAAUCGUGGUUUCCAAAUGAAUAUAGUUAACUUUUGAUGUUAAAAUGCUGGCAAAUGUUUACAAGUUGGCUAGAGUCAUAGAGGUCUACGGCACAGAAAAAGGCCCUUCGGCCCAUUGAGUCUGCGCCAGUCAAACAACUAUCUAACUACUUUAAUCCCAUUUGCCAGCUCUAGGCCCAUAGUGUUGUAUGCCAU